AUGAGCCUGACCUGUAGUUUUCGCUGUUUGGCGGGCCAAGUAAAACAUCGUUUAGCUGGCACUCAACGAAGGCGUUCAUCUAGCAGCCAUGAAUGUAACUGCCCAUGGGAAGCGCCCACCAGUAUUGUCGCUGAACCGAGUACACAUGCGCGCUCAGUAUCAUGUCAGCGCUCCAAUUCACCAACUCGCGUUCGACCAUGCCCGGAGAGACUGGGCGUAACGAAUACAAAUACUGCACUGGGUCCUGAUGCUGGACUGGGAAAUGCUAACCCUAACAUGCACCCAUACUUGCUCCCAGAACAGCGUGAAAGUGAACAAGGCUGUCAGACUUUUCAUCAGAACCCAAGCAGCUCCCAUUCACUAUCUGGUCCCAGCAGACAACAACGACCAUCAGCACAAGGCAGGCGCCGUGCUACCCAGACCCUCACGUUGAUUGACCCUACACAGGCUGACCGGUCUCCGCAGACCCAUCGUACGGGCGGAAACGUCCAUGCUGCCAACAAUUCGGAUUAUGGCAACACUGGUCAACAAACCCCGUCUUCCGUCCGAUCGAUAUCAUCGACUCCACAGGAGGAAUCCCAAGCGAUUUCUAAUACUCGCAGUCAGCACAGCCAAAAUGGCAGCCGACAUUUCUCGCCGCAUGUAUCUUCAGUCUCAUACCGCAUGAGUGAAUCGUCACCAAAAAGCAACUCUGUUGGUGGUCCACUCGUGAAUUCUCAUCAAGAGGUGAACACCAAAAGGUCACCAACUGCAAAAAGAAGCGAGGACCACGUGCAGAUAAUUCCAGACUUCUCAACCCCUGAAGUUGGACACCAUUCAGGGAGUCUGGGAAGUACUGUGCCUUAUUUCUACGGUGCGAAUAUGCAAAAAAUGCAACGAUACUUGGGACCAUCUUGGAACGACCUAUCAAUACAUUCAAGUGAAGUAGAUAUGAAAAGGAUGAAUAUGAGUUACACUGGGUUGAACGAGUUGAAGCCGCAGGAAAAUUCAGGCAGUUGCCAAGAAAUGCAUAGAUCUCAACAACUAUGUGUUACAGAUCACCACAACAACCGCGAAGUUCCCAGUAAUUCUUCAAUGACCAGUUCUAGUUAUUCGCAUCAGGAGAUCUCUUCAAACUUAUCAAAUCCUUCCAUGUCACCCCAUUUUAUCAGGCCGAAACCAGUGACUGCUUCCCUUCAAGUACCCUCAGUUAGUAGAGCAAACGGACAUCUCAAAACCCAGCCAGCUUUACUGCCAAAUACUACGCUGUAUGACUCUGCAGAAGAGGUUGCUCCAGUCCUACCAACUCGGAGUACUUCUUUACUCGCACGACAGUGGAAUCAUCAUCUGGAUCAGGUUCAGUAUACAGCUUCUAUGGACUGCGAGGCUAACAGACCCAAAAGAACGUCGUCAAGAUCUACCGGCUGUUCUUCAAAAUAUUUUCCGAACCUCAAUAGUUUGGCCUCCAGCAGUCAGGUGGAUGAGAAUUCUGGAUAUCGGUCCACACACUUGAGGAGUCGGAGUGAAUUGGUCAGAUCAUCCAGACGGUGUUAUGUGAAUGCAACUGAAGAGGUUCCCACAAUAGCUGAGGUACAUGUACCUAGUAAUGCCGCAUUAGGUAACCAGGAAAUGAACCCAACUGAACGGCUGACGGGGAGUUCGAUCAAUGACCCAGUAGAUGGUCCAACACAGUUACCUGAAUCCACUGUGAUGGACACCGCAAAUAUAUGCGCAACAUCUUCAUCCAACUCCGAAACCGACCUCAGGGACUUAUCUAAUCAUUCGUUUUCCUUGAAAUACCCUGCUAUUCCGGUAAGUGUACCGAAUAGCCCUUCGUGUGGAGCACUUGAGCAGUUUAUGCCGACAAACCAUGCGACCAGGCUUCUUGGUCGAAUGUCAGACAAACUACGAGACGGAAGACUGGCGGAUGUAAUACUCCUAGCCGAUCGUACCACGGGAACCUCAAAACGAUCGUUGACUGAACAGGCUUCAAAUUCAACGGGGGAUAAUGAGAUUGAGGUUCCCAAACAACCCAUGAGGAUCCCAGCACAUCGAGUCAUUCUGGCUGCAGCAAGCGAUUAUUUUGCAGCCAUGUUUGGUAAUGAGCUCAAAGAAGCAACGGAAAUGGAAAUACGAAUCCACGAUGUUGAUCCGGCAGCACUGCAAACAUUAGUCAAUUAUAUCUACACCGGGUUCCUUGAUUUACGGGAAGACACCGUGGAGGAUAUAUUGGAGGCUGCGUGUUUUCUUCAGAUGCCGGAAGCAUCACAAGCGUGUGAACGGUUUCUGAUCAAACGGUUGCAUGGUAGCAACUGUUUGGGCAUGUCUCGACUUGGAGAACAAUACGGAUGUCGACUACUGCGUCACAAAGCAACUAAAUAUGCGUUGGAACAUUUUACAGAAGUCGUUCAGCAACCGGACUUUCUCACUCUCUCGGUGACGGAAUUGAUGGAACUACUCCGUUCAGAUCACCUCAAGGUUCCAAACGAAGCAGCUGUAUUCGCAGCUUGUCUACGCUGGAUGCGUAACACUCAACGGACUCAGCACACUCCACCACAGAACACGUCAAUAUUAAAAGGUUUAUUGAACCUGGUUCGAUUACAGCAUGUCCCAGCACGUCUCCUGGUUGAUGUUCUCGAGAAGGAGCCAUUAUUUCAGACUGAUAUGGAAGCGACUCGGAUGCUUAUAACCGCGCUCCGGUUUCAGCUUUCUCCCGAACCCAAGCCAGCAUGGAUGAUGGAUUCUAAGCAGUCGAGCAACGCUGCAUUGUGUAGCAAGGUCAGGCUAGGUCUUCGAGAUGAUUACCGACUAGAACAACAAGGAUCAAGUCAUGGAAUUGUUUCAUCAUACAGUCAGCUAGAAUCGUCUUUGUCGCAUGCAACUAGCGAAGCAAAUCUACCUACAAGACAAUCUCCUCGCCCAUCAACCAUCGGACACUUAUGGGCUCUGGGAGGGAAAACAAUGACCACUACACGGGCUCUACAGGAAAUAUUAGAAUACGAUCCAUACACAAAUCACUGGCGAGUGGUUGGACAGCUCCCCGGUCAACGUCAACAGUGCGGGUGCAUUGUUUUAAACGAUGGACGGCUACUCGUUGUUGGUGGGCGGGAUGAGCUGAAAACGUUGAGUACGGUAGAGUGUAUCUACACAGAAGAACUCUCACCUCAGAUGGAGUCACAUUUGACGCGAUCGGUCACACUCAAUAGAGAUGAUCGUGAUGGAGGCUGGCUUGCCGGAGAAUCCGCAACCUUGUCCCGGAAAAGUCACCAGCUAUCUACCGAUAGAGAUCCCAAUGCGAUGACAAGAUCGGUGAUCGAUACACGCACCGACGCGAACUCCACCACGGAAGUGAAAAAUCCAUAUCCUCAUCAACAACAGCAGAAAAACAACGAAAAUAAUAACGAGCAUGCGGCUGGUUGGCACGUUGUUUCGGCUAUGGCAACGCACAGACAUGGCCUUGGGGUUGCAGUACUCGAAGGUGUCGUCUAUGCUGUUGGUGGGCACGACGGCUGGUCCUAUUUGAACACUGUUGAGCGCUGGAAUGGGAGGGCUAAAUCCUGGUCGUCCGUUACGCCUAUGGCUGUUCAGCGCAGCACUGUUGGUGUGGCUGCUUUAGACGGUCUUUACUGGUUACUGCCUGCAACCAUUUUUCCGGAAAAGUAUUCAGUGAUAUUUCAUUUGUAUUUCAGUCUCUACGCGGUCGGGGGCCGCGAUGGAAGUGCAUGCCUGCGCACAGUCGAGCGUUUCAAUCCACACACACAACACUGGUGUUUCAUCGCGCCCAUGCUACACCGACGCGGUGGAGUCGGAGUGGCUGCCGCUGGGGGGCGACUAUACGCUGUUGGUGGGCACAAUGCUCCACCUAGUCAACCGCAUGCGGUGCGGACAGCUAGUGUUGAAAUGUACGAUCCACAGACUGACAUGUGGAGUGAGGUAGCCUCUCUCUCGUCGCCACGUGAUUCAAUUGCCGUAACAACGUUGGGAACAAAGUUAUAUGCAAUUGGUGGUCACGACGGCCUCGUCUACACGGAUCGUGUACAAGUAUUUGACCCUGAAACAAACGAAUGGUCAGAGGCAGCUUCACUUCCCAGUGGCAGGGCUGGUGUUGCAGUCGCUUCAAGUCAACCUUUCGGUCUGCUUGUCAAUCAGACCUCCCGACUGCCUUAUUACAAAGCUGAUCCACUUGCCUGA